CCCAUGAUGAUUGUGUUUUCAGUUAAUUUUUUUCCCUCCAGCUCUUCCUUCUGUGUGUUUUGCGCCACAGACUCUGGGUCAGUUGUAUCUGUCUUAACCUUCCGUUCUCUUUGUAUCUAAUUCAAAGACACUGGAUCAGUCAGAGCAGCAGGGGGAUGGGAUAUCCCUCUCCCUGGAGGAGCAUCUAUUGAGAUGAGAUUGAGCCCUAUGCCUCCUCCGAUCCCUCGGCCCGACCCCAAAGCAACUCUGUACUCAACUGGAGCAGAUUCUCCUCCGAUCUUUUCCAGGACACCCACGAGAGCACCAAAGUGAUGUCAACCGCCCUCUACACACAGUCUGUCAUGGAAAGAGCAGCUAUGGCUCUGUUUGACAACUGUUUUGUGGUUUUGGAGCUGAAGAAUUUGCCUUAUAAGGAGAAGAAUAGGCUGAAGCUGGCAAUAACAGAGAAUGGGGGCAGCAUUUCCUAUGUGAUCAAUAAGCAGUGUACUCUCGUAGUGACGAGCAGUAUGUCCAGUCUGAGCUCCAGUCGGGUGCGGAGCAUGAAGAAGCAUCAGACUCCAGUAGUAGGGGUGGAGUAUGUGUCACUCUGCCUGGAGAAGGGAGUCCUGCUGCCUGUAGAGGACUACUGCCUGCCCCCCCCUCCCUCUACCUCUCUCAUCCCACCCAGGCCUGCCUCUCCCUUGCCAUCUCAGUCAGUGUUGAAGGGGACGAGCCAGCCGGCUGAAGUUCAGACCCAGACAGUGAAUGCUGUAAAUCAAGCCGAGAGGGCAGGGAAUCAGGAGAGUACUUACCUGGGCAAAUUCAGAGUGUAUACUGAAAGUGACAAUGAUCUACCAACAUAUCCAACAAAUUUCCAAGUGGCCAAAUACUCCAUUUUUGGAAAGGCUAACAGCAGCACAUGGUCGGUGUUGGAGCUGCAGAGUGGCAGCACAGAGGGGGGACAGCAGCAGUACCGUGUGGUGAGGUACUGGAGAGAGGACCAUGGUGCUAAGUCAGCAGCUGUGCAGGACAAGCAGGUGUUCCUCUCCAUGUCAGAGGAGGCUGUGGAGGUCUACCAGACUCUCAGGAAGGAGCUGCAGGUCAGAGGACUCACACUGAGGACCACCCUCCCUCCAGAGGCUCCGGAUCUGGGCUCUGCCAGCCUGCAGCAGCUGCUGUUGGAGGAGAAGCUGAGUUGCAGCAGCCUAUCACAGGAAGUGGGCGUGUUCGUGGAGCUGCUCUGGGCAGAGGCCCUUGGUUGUCUGGACAACGUCCUCAAGGUUCCAAUCACCAGCCUCAGUCUCAAUGACGUGAGCAGGGCUGAGGGGCUGCUGCUACAGGUCCAGAGGAAGCUGAGGGCGAGACAGGGGGAGGGGCCAGACACUGAGGUGGCUUCUCUAAUGGAGGAGGUCUACACCCUCCUGCCACACAAAACUGAUCUGUCCCAUCUCCCUCUCCACACUAAACUCAUCUCAUCGCAACUGGACCUCUGCCAGUUGAUCAGAGACGUGCUGAAUGUGAGCGAGGCAACACUGAGAAGCCCCAUCCCUUCUUGUCUGGGGAAGUACCGCGCCCUGAGGUGUAGCAUUGAAAGAGUUCCCCCUGGUCCUGAAUUUCUGUAUGUCACCGAACUUCUACAGGACAGACAGGUGCAGAUCUUGCAGGUGCUGAGAGUAAACAGAGGGGUAGAGCUGCAGAUGUUUAGGGAGGAGCUGGGGAACGUUAAGCCCCUCCUCCACUCCUCCAGCCCCAGCAGCUUUGUGGGGAUCCUGUCUCGGGGUCUGUUGCUGCCCAGAGUUGGAGUGGAGCAUCAUGGGAUUGAGAGAACAGACAUUGGGAACUUGGGCUGUGGCAUCUACUUCAGUGAUGCAAUCAGUACCAGUUUGAAGUACUCUAAGCCCAGUGUGACGGACGGCAGUCGGCUGCUGCUGGUGUGUGACGUGGCGUUGGGGCGCUGUACUGACCUCCAGAAGAGGGACAGCAGCCUGACUCACUCCCCUGAGGGAUACCACAGUGUACACGGGGUUCGCCACACCCCCAAGAAACCCUCAGAGUUUGACGAUGAUGAGUAUGUGGUGUACAGCCCGGAGCAGGUGAGGCUGCAAUAUGUGGUACAGUUCAGACUGGAGGAGGACCAGCUGAAGAACUUCCAGCCCACCAUAGAUACUUCUUCUACCGAGCUUCCGCUUCCUGUCUCUCCGUCUGACCUCUUGUCCUGUGGUGAGGCUGAGGAGGAUGUUGGGAGCUGUAAGAACCCUCUAGAGGAGGUGACUGCAGGCCUGUUGGACUGCUCUGGACAACCACUCCCCCUACAGGCCGUUCAUGUCAGGGCCAGGCUGAUGGAUCUGCUCUCCCAGGUCAUCAUCUUCCAGACAUACACCAAUCAGAGCACCGCCCCCAUCGAAGCCAAGUACGUCUUCCCAUUGGAUGAUUCUGCUGCUGUGUGUGGUUUUGAGGCCUUCAUCAAUGGGAAACAUGUAAUGGGACAGGUGAAGGAGAAGCAGCAGGCGCGUAAAGAGUAUAAACAGGCCAUAGAGAGAGGCCAUGGAGCUUACCUAAUGGACCAGGAUGCACCUGAUGUUUUCACCAUCAGCGUUGGGAACCUGCCUGCCGGUGCCACCGUCCUUAUCAAAGUUACCUUUGUCACCGAGCUGGUUGUCAUGGAUGGCUUGAUCAACUUCUCAUUGCCCGGUAGUGUGGCGCCAUGGCAACAGAGCUCAGCACUCAACCAGAGGACUCAGGUGACUUUGGAAAAGGUGUGUGUGACCAACCUGGAUUCCCAAGGGGAGUUCAGUCUGGAUAUGUCCAUUGAGAUGCCCAACGAGAUCAUCAACCUGCACUGUCUCACACACAAAGUCAAGAUCAAGAGGACCGACUGUAAGGCGGUGGUGAGGACAUGUCCAGGUGAGACUCUGGGUCCAGAUGGGUUCCUGCUCUGCUUCAGUCUGGCUCAGAUCCACCUACCCAGGAUGUGGGUGGAGAAACACCCAGAUAAAGACAGCCAGGCCUGUAUGCUGGUAUUUUACCCAGACUUUGAGCCCUGCCCCACCUCCAGCCCCAUGUCCGGCUCCAGUGAGGUGAUCCUGCUGUUGGACUCGUCUGAGUCCAUGAGAGGAGAAGCUCUCCAGAACGCCAGGAGAAUCGCCCUGCAGCUUCUGAAUACCCUGGACCACCACAGCAUUCGAUUCAAUGUCAUCUCCUUUGGCUCAGACCAGAAGGAUGCUUUUCUCUCUGCCAACCCUCUAGUCGAGGCCCUCCAACCAGCCAAGAAGUUCAUCAUGUCUUCCUCACCUGUUGGGGGCAACACUGAGCUGUGGAGGCCCCUGCGCAGCCUGAGUCUGUUGCCUCCGUCGCAGGGCGUAAGGAACCUGCUGCUGCUAUCAGACGGUCACGUCCAGAACCAAGCCCUGACCCUGCAGCUGGUGAGACAGCAUGCCCAGCACAGCCGCCUCUUCACCUGCGGCCUCAGCCCAACAGCGAAUCGGCAUAUGUUGCGGGCCCUGGCCCAGGCAGGGGGAGGGGCCUAUGAGUUCUUUGACACAAAGACAAAGCACACCUGGCAAGAGAAGGUGGCGUGCCAGGUGAAGCGCAUCGUGUCUCCAGGCUGCAGCUCUGUGUCUGUGAAGUGGCAGCAGUUUAACCCCUCAGCUCCCCCCCCUGUUCAGGCGCCCUCUCAGCUCCACGCACUCUUCACUGACUGCCACACCCUGGUCUAUGGCUUCGUGCCACACUGUACACAGGCCACUCUUCUUGGAGACCUGAGUGGUCAGAACAUUGAGACAAUGGUGUCCACCACUGAGCUACAGAAAACCAGGGGCACGUUCCUUCAUAAGCUCACAGCGAGGGCCGUUAUCAGAGACUAUGAGGAUGGCAGUCUUCACACCAACGAGGCUGAACAUGAGGGGAAGAAAUUGGUGAUGAAGUCCUUCAUCAUUGAGCUGAGUAAAGAGUUCUCCAUCCUUUCUCAGUUCACCAGCUUUGUUGCCAUCGAGGAGAGGAACUCAGAGCAGCCUGACGUGGGCUUCACAGAUGUUCCCAAACUGAUCUCAGACGAGGACGUUGACUUCUUACCUUACCUUAGCUGGCAGCAGGAGGAAUACGAGGGAGAUGGGAUGGACUCAAUGUCAAACUUGCUGAUUAGUGGGCCAGGGCAUGUUUUAUGCAGAAAUACCUGUCUAGAGGAGAGGGGGAUGGGGGAGGAGUAUGAAUCGAUGGUUCAACUCCAGAUGGAUGACGAAUCAUGGGAAGGAUCUGUGAACUUACAUUCCAAAUUUCUCAAUCAGAGGGCUACGGAUGAGGUGCUUCUUGGUAGGAGACUUAAUUCCUCUUACUUCAUGGGCUCUAUGGUCUCAGCCAGCCCAGUGACCUUGUCCGCUGCUACCGAACCUCUAGAUAUGACUUUGAAGAGUGAAGGAGCUGUGACGGAAGAAGAGAUGGAGUGCUUUGAUGACAUGGACUUUGAUUUACAGGAAUCUGAACACCCCCUUUGUGCCUCAGUAAUCAUGCAUAGUGAGGCUCUGUCCUCUUCUUCCUCUCCAACUCUCCACACGCUUUCAGGCAGCCAAUGCAUUCCAGGCACCCCAUACCUUACUACCACUAUGGUGCCUAUGGCUAUGAAGACGGAUUUCAUCCCUGAGCUGUCUGAGACCUUCUACUCUCUCCCAAAGAUAAUGAAGCGUGCGAAGAGUAUAAAGGGAGACUUUAGACGGGCGGACAGACACAGGAAGGUUUGUGACGGUCCGGCAUUUGACCCUGUAGAGACACAGAAGAAGUCUCUCUCUGUUGCUGAUGUGCCUCGUCCUCCUCCCUCUGUUCAUCUUCAGAUCAAGUCUUGCGUUGUUGCUGAUGCUCUUCCUCCUCCACCCCCUGCUUCUGCCCUCAGUUCUCCUUGUCCUCCUCCAUUUCGACCUCAGUCUUUCUCUGCCGCAGUUUCAGAUUCUCUUCCUCCUCCUCCUCCACCCCCUGCUCCUGUCCUCUGUUCUCCUUGUCCUCCUCCAUUUCGACCUGAGUCUUUCUCUGCCGCAAUUUCAGAUUCUCUUCCUCCUCUUCCACCCCCUGCUUCUGUCCUCAGUUCUCCUGGUCCUCCUCCAUUUCGACUGCAGUCUUUCUCUGCCGGAGGUUCAGGUUCUCUUCCUCCUCCCUCUACUCUUGUCUCCAAUGAGUUUCGAGCGAUUAGAUACGAGAUGGGAGUUAAUGCCAGACCUGGAGUUGAGGCUAUCUCCCAUACUGCAACCUUCCCGAAACUGCGAGCCAGUGGGGACCUGCUACUUUCCAAACCCCGAGAGCCCUAUCCUGUGGAACUGUCGUCAAUAUGUGAGACUAGCAAAAUGUGGACCUUGGAUAAUAGCUUAUCCGAUGAUAAGAUUUGUGGACUAGUGGAAAUGGACCACUGGCAACCUUCUGUUGUCCCUGCCUCUGUGCCCCCGCCAGGGUUUGGUUUCGGGGGCGGAAGGGCAGGUUCUCAAAGCAGACAACCUCACAGCUCUUUGUUUGGGGCCACAGCCAGUGCAUGUUACAUUCCAGGUUUAUAUGAGGGUUCUUCAGCAGGCGGACCACCUCUUGGAGGCUCAGCCAGAUCAAUGGGGUUAAGUUUUGAGGCACCACUUACUGGCGGACACCUCAGUUCCCUUUCACCUACCACUCAUGGCGCCUAUCUGACCCAAUCUUUAGGGGCCUUAGUUGGAUCCUCUCAGUUUGGUAGCUCUCUCAGUGCACUACAACAACAUAAUGUACUACCACAAGCACAAAAACCUCUGGAUAUGAAAAAAAACGUACAAAAACUUGUCGGAGACAGUGAAAGGUAUGUGUCAGCGUCCGUUCGUCCGUCACUUUGUCUGUCUGUGUGUGACCUCUAUUGGAGACAUAUAUUGUUAUGUGUAGCUCUGUGGUAUCCUAAUGAGGUAGGUUUUGAUUUCAGGAGGGGAGGUCUUGAAUUCAGGAAGAGAGGUCUUGAAUUCAGGAAGAAUACUCUUGAUGUAGUAAAAUGGACAGAGAUUUUUGCCCUCCAGCACUCGGAAGGUUACUGGGAGUGCUCUGCCAGCCUGGGCUACCUCCUCGGUGUGGAUGUGGACUACUUUGCAAAUGUCUUCCUGAAGAAUAGAGGCAUCAGCUCUCUAGGUGUGAGGGCCCAUGCUGACAUCCUGAGGCUGGUGGCCAGUCUGCUGGUGCUGCAACUGAUGAGGGUGAGGAAGCUAGAUGAGGGGAAGCUGCUGCUCAGCCUGUUCCGUCUGGACCUGGACCACUCUCCUCCUCAGCCCAGGUGUGAGCGCUGGGAGGCGGUGAGGAGGGCGGUGGACUGGGUGUGUUGGGCAGACAGGGAGUACCCGUGUGUGUGCAGCAGGCUGGAGUUUGGCUGGGACUGGGAGUCGUCCACACGGCAGCUCCUGGGCAUCGACCCCCCGCACCCCCUCUCUCCCCUCAUCCUCCUCGGGACCACAGGGGGAGUGAGGGCCCAAUGACCUCCAGAAGGAUAAAGGUGUAUGACCAGUAUAUACAUCUGCAGCUAUUGCUUUUACUAUUUCACUUAUUAUGAGGUUAAGGUACUAUGCUAUACUGAUAACCAUUUCAGUGAUCAAAUCAGUUUUGUAAUUACAAAUCUUUGCAUUUAAAGGUGUGAUUUUAUGUUUUCUCAAAAUACAACAGCAAUCAUUUCUAAAAAUGUAUUGAUACUCCUCAAUCUAUGGCCAUGUUCUAUAUCCAUACAGCUGUCAUUGUGUGAUUUCAGACCUUGCUCCAAUGUUCUUUCUGUUUUCUUUGUCUGACUGAAAUAAUCCUCUGAUGGAUAAGCAGAACAGCAGGGUAAUGUGGUCAUGCUAUUGGUCACUCGGGUUCCUAUUCGAUCCUUUACACACACACCUUAAAGCCUUUCUAAAAGAAUGGUUUGAUUUAAAGUGUCUGUUUCACAAUAUAUAAACAUAGUCAGCUUGAAUCUGUGUGUGUUACAGCACGAAAGUCAAAUCCAAAAGAAUCCGACUCGCUAGUGUUGUGUUCACCACAAGGUGUCCCUAUAAGAAAGGUCAAGGUUAAUGACUAUUAAUAAAGAUGUAAAUCAAUGCAUACUGGGAGAAGAAUAAGAUGGAUGCCUACGCCAUACAGUAAAGUCACAUUCAUCUUA